GGUGGCUGCUUGUCGUACCCAUUGCUGACAACAUAUUUUGUGAAAAUCAGCCGAAAACCUUCAAAAUUUGUUAAAAAACUUAUCUACAUUUAUGAAGCAUAAAAAAUAAUUAAGAAUGAGCAGCUGUUGUUUUUUAUGCAACAGUCAAAGCAGUAUAUCUUUACGGAAUGCUACCAAUCUGUUUGGGGAACAUAACACAUUGAAAUCAGGAAAGAAAUUACACGAAGUAGUCAGUGAAAUCUUAGAGAAAGAUCUAAAAGAAAAUGCUGUGCACUCACAAAUCGUUUGCAAGAAGUGCUACAAAAGUUGCUCGGAGUAUGAUUUCACUCAAGUCAGCUUACAGUCAAUGAAAGCAGAUUUAAUAAAUCAAUUCAAAACUUCGAUUCAAAGUCACAACAUUAACUAUGCUACGUACGAGACAGAUGUCACUAAAACUAAAACUAAUACGCCAGUUGCGGCAACACCGAAGAUCGGAAGGAUAGUGUUGCCAGCAUCAAAAUUAAGGCCGUUAACAUCGGUUGAGCUUUUAAAAGUUGGGAAUAGAUCACAUUUAUUGACUGAUAAGUUUAAAGCAGGCUUACCGAAAGUAACGAUCAAUUCACUACCAUCACCGGCAGUCAGGCAGCCGGAAGCUCCAGAAAAGCCCGACGUGCUGGCAACACUCACGAAGUUCCUGCAGAAACCGGAAACGACAGACGAAGACGAUCUAAAAAAAUAUUUGAUCACUAAAGACGGCACCAAAGAGAUAUUCAGCAAGAGUGAGACCAGCGCUGAACUCGCUGAUGCCCAUGUCGAUGAGACCAAUGACGCUGACGAGGACGCCAUGGAGAUCGACGAGGAUUUUGCUGUGUCCGUGGUACCAUCAUCUAAUGGAAAACUAGUGUUUGAAGUGCAAGGAUUCAAGAACAUACCGAGCCAGCCAGCGGAGCAGGAAUACUUGAACGUGGACAUACUGCAAUCUCUGGACCCCAGCAAUGAGGAGUGCGACAGGAACAACAUCAUCGUGGGGAAGGUCGAGAUACUGGACAGUGGGAACGAAGAGGAGGAAGCUCAAACAAUCGUAUUGAACGGAGACAACUCGUCCAUACUAAGGAUGAUGAGCGGCCAGAAGUUCAUGUACGAUGGCAACGAGAUAUCCCUGAUGCUGCCCGAGGGCGACGCCCGCGACGAACGCGACGGGCAAGAUUCCAACGAGGAGUCGCAGAUAGAGCUGCAGGUCUCCGGGGACGAGGAGACCGCCAACGCCAUCAUAGCGGCCGCGAGGGAGCAAGGCGGCGCGUUCAUCAAGGUGGAGAGCGGGGAGAUGUACCGCGUGCAGUCGGUGCGCGGCGCCGCGGACGGGCUCGCCGACACCAUCGCGCACCGGGACGGACUCUUCGUCUGUCUGCUGUGCCGGAACAGCGACAAGCCAGAAAAUGAAAAAAUGGAGAGCACAAGCGACCCCAACGCGGCCAUGAGCCACAUGCGGCGCGCGCACGACGCCCGCGUCUACAUCUGCAGCCUCUGCGCCGCCAUGUUCCGCAGGAGGAUCGACUACACCACGCACUUCGGUGACUGUCCACGCCCCCUCCGAGACAGGCGGGUGGGGACCGCCCCCCUCCGAGAUAGGCGGGUGGAGGUCGCCCCCUCCGAAACAGCCGAGCACUCCCUGAAGCCGCGGGCGCGUGCGGCGGGCGGGUCGCACCGCUGCGCGCGCUGCGGGAAGACCUUCGCCUCCAAGUACACGCUGCAGGCGCACCUCAAGAUCCACUCCGACCGCCCCCGCCCCUUCAGCUGCAGCCAGUGCGAGAAGUCUUUCUUCACGCAGCAGAACCUCAACCAACACGAGAAGACCCACUCUAGCGUCAAGGACUUCGUGUGCGGAGUCUGCAACAAGUCGUUCGGCACGCAGCACAACCUGGAGGUGCACGGCAUCGUCCACUCCCGGGAGAAGCCGUACGUGUGCGGCGUGUGCGAGAAGGCGUUCGCGAGGAGGGCCGAAGUGAGGGACCACAUGAGGACGCACACAGGCGAGCGUCCGUUCUCGUGCGACACGUGCGGCGCGGCGUUCUCGCAGCGCUCCAACCUGGACUCGCACCGCCGCGCCACGCACCUCAACGAGCGCCGCCACCACUGCGCGCACUGUCCCAAGCGGUUCAAGCGGAGGAGGUUGCUGGAGUACCACAUCAAGGCUUCGCACACUGGCGAGCGCCCGCUGAAGUGCGACACGUGCGGCGCUUCCUUCGUGUACCCUGAGCACUACAAGAAGCACGUGCGCAUCCACACCGGCGAGCGGCCCUACGUGUGCGAGAUCUGCGGCAAGACGUUCACGACGCGCGACAACCGCAACACGCACCGCUUCACGCACAGCGACAAGAAGCCCUACGAGUGCCUGUCCUGCGGCGCCGGCUUCAUGAGGAAGCAGCUGCUCUACGCGCACAUGAGCGCCAGUGGUCACCUGGCCGAGUCCAUAGUCGUGAACCAGCCGAGGGUCACGAAGGUGCACACUAGCAACGUGGCGACGCAGAUACUCGACGUACAGACAUUCGAAACCAAAAAGUAUGAAACUCUUUUCGAAAACGAGGAGUUGAGUCUGGACGCGAGCGGGAAGCAGCCAGAGACGGCGCCGGCCGCCGAGCUGCUGGACGCGCAGGAUAUGCAGCAGACGCAGAUCGUGGCCAACGAUGAGAACGGUGACGUGGUGCGGCUUAUCCAAGUGCAACUGCCCGGGGGCGCCGGUGGCUGGGUGGCCGUCAACGACUAACGGGGGCUCACAGGGGCAAUAGGGAGGGGAAUAUUUGUCAAAUUGAAUCAUGAACAAUUCUAUUGUGAUUAAAGAUAGAUUGGCUUAAACCUGCAUUUGUCGACCACUAAACUUAAACUACGUGUGACGUCAUUUGUGGCCAAAAACCAGCUAAAACGCGAAUCGAUUAAAUAUUUAAAUAAAAAAAACUGAACUUACUUUAUUUACUCGUCGUAAAAUAUACGUCGCGAACGGACGUUUUAAUUAGCAGCUUAGAUCAUUUUAAUGUCUGUGUCCGGGCAAGUAUAAGCUUUUUGUCGUUGAUUAAGGACACUUGAGAUUGAACCUUAAUGCGUAUACGAAUACGUCCCAGUUUGCUCUGCAAACCUGUGUAACUACAGUAGAACACACUGGAAAUAAGGAACCCCGUAUUGAACUGUAAUAAUUUUACCUUUUAAAACUGAGUUUUUACUUAAAAUACCAACUGCUGUGUAAUUAAUACAAAUGUAGAAGUCACUAUAGGUCGGGUAAGCCGCGAGUCAAUCGUCAGACAUAUUAGUGAUAUUGAGUAAUUGUAACUGUAAAUAAAUCAAAUUUGAAAU